AUGUCAAUAACACAGCCUGCCGAUCAAAACGGUUGUCCCGACAAUGUCCUGUUAACAAAAAGAUCUCCUCAUGGGCAAAACGUCCUGCCGCAAAAUACCUGUAACGAUAUCUGCCAGACUGCAUGCAGUCUGUCGACAAAAUGUUCUAUCGAGGAAAAUAUUAAUCCAAACCUUUUUGUUUUACCUAGAAAAACGAUGAACGAAUCUAUCAUUCUCACAAGUACGUGGCCAACCUCGAAUCCAAUCAUGACCAAGAAUAUGUCCCUACAACAACAACAGUUUAAGACAACUUCGAUAUUUACUGCCACUACUGUAAUACUGUUCUUUAUGGUCAUUGGAAUCGUACUUGGAAAUCUCUUGGUUCUGGCAACAACCUGGCUGGAUAAUCGUCUCCAUCAACCAAAUAAAUAUUUCGUUGCCUGUCUUGCUGUCGCUGAUCUUCUUGUAGGAGGUUUUAGUGUUCCAAUUCGUCUGUAUAUGCAAUUUUAUCCUUUAGAACUGUACCCAAUUGAGCUUUGCCGUUUCUGGAUUUGGAUGAACAUUUUCGGUGAAGCGGCCUCUAUUGUUACGUUAACUGUUAUAAGUGUCGACCGUUAUUUUAAAAUCAGCGAACCAUUCAAGUAUAGAGUUCGGAUGGAUACGACGGUGUCUGCAAUCGUAAUUGUAAUUAUUUGGCUUAUUUCCGCAGUAUCUGCUACGUUUGGUUUGUUCUCGUUUGGUGGCAGCGAUGGUGUAACGUCUGUUGUCGCUCAUGGAUGUCUUAACGACAAUAAGAUUUAUUACACCAUUGUUUCAGUGGUUUUCUUCUUCGCUCCUUCGGUAAUAAUUAUCUUCAUGUAUGCUUUUAUAUUUUACAUCGCCCAUCAAAGGCAGAAAAUGAACAGAAGAGGUGAAUUGGGAUAG